AUGGCGUCGGCCGCAUCUGAGUGUUGUGUUGUUGAAUCUGUUAUUAAAUCUGAGUGUUGUGUUGUUGAAUCUGUUAUUAAAUCUGAGUGUUGUGUUGUUGAAUCUGUUAUUAAAUCUGAGUGUUGUGUUGUUGAAUCUGUUAUUAAAUCUGAGUGUUGUGUUGUUGAAUCUGUUAUUAAAUCUGAGUGUUGUGUUGUUGAAUCUGUUAUUAAAUCUGAGUGUUGUGUUGUUGAAUCUGUUAUUAAAUCUGAGUGUUGUGUUGUUGAAUCUGUUAUUAAAUCUGAGUGUUGUGUUGUUGAAUCUGUUAUUAAAUCUGAGUGUUGUGUUGUUGAAUCUGUUAUUAAAUCUGAGUGUUGUGUUGUUAAAUCCGUUGUUGUUCUGUUGUGUUGUUGA